AUGAUCCUAUUCCGUGCGCUGCCAGUCAAACAGUCGUUUGCACACUUCCAACUCACGCCGAGUACUACCAGUGCUCCGCCGCUCGCCGAAUCCAGCUCACGCCCGGCCGCGAUGCGCCCGCACGCCACGGGCGUCGAGAAGGCGACCGUGCCGUACGGCUCCUGGGAUUCGCCGAUCAGCGCCGCCGCCGUCUCCUCCGCCGGGAAGACCGUCGAGGGGCUCGCCGUCGCCGGCGACGGCCGGCUCCUCUGGGUCGAGACGCGCCCCGAGGAAGGAGGACGCGCGGUUCUCGUGAAGGAAGGGGCGGGCGCAGACGGCAGAGGUUCGGAUGUGACGCCGCAGGAGUUCGCCGUGCGGUCCCUGGCGCAGGAGUACGGCGGUGGCGCGUUCGCCGUGCAGGGGGAUGUCGUCGUGUUCUCCAAUUACAGCGACCAGCGCCUGUACAAGCAAACCGUCGGAGAUAAUUCACCACUACGUCUGACACCGGAUUAUGGUGGAUCGGUUGUCCGCUAUGCAGACGGUGUCUUUGACCCUCACUUCAAUCGUUAUGUCACUGUAAUGGAAGAUCACCGCAAGAAUGGCUCAAAUCCCAUCACAACAGUUGCUGCUGUGAGCACAAGUGUUGAAGAUGUUAAUGCACCAACUGUGCUGCUCAGUGGGAAUGACUUCUAUGCCUUUCCACGCAUUGAUCCAACUGAAAAACGCAUGGCAUGGAUUGAAUGGAGUGACCCAAACAUGUCAUGGGAUAAAGCAGAACUAUGGGUUGGAUAUUUCUCCAGCAAAGGAGAGGUGGAAAAACGUAUUUGCAUUGCUGGUGGAGACCCAAUGAUAGUAGAAUCUCCUACUGAACCCAAGUGGUCUUCAAAAGGUGAACUGUUCUUCAUAACUGACCGACAGAGUGGAUUUUGGAAUAUUUAUAAAUGGGAUGAGCAGAGCAAUGUGGUCGUGCAAGUGUACUCACUUGAUGCUGAAUUCUCGAAGCCAAUGUGGGUUUUUGGUGUCAGCUCCUAUGCUUUCCUCGGAAAUGACGACCAGAGUCAGAAAAUAGUUUGCUGCUACAGGCAGAAUGGGAAGUCAUAUGUUGGGUUGCUGGACCAUGAUUCAGGGUCAUUUUCAAAAAUUGACCUUCCCUUCUCUGCUGUAACUAACAUAGUUUCUGCAGAUGGAUCUUUCUAUGUUGAAGGUGCAUCUGCUAGUCUUCCAGUAUCGAUAGCAAAGGUGACACUAGAUGAAAAGAGAACAAUGGCAACUGACUUUUCUAUAGUUUGGUCCUCCUCAGAGGACAUAAAGAAAUAUACACCCUACUUUAGUUUGCCUGAAUUUAUGGAGUUCCCAACCGUAAUCCCUGGCCAGCAUGCUUAUGCUUAUUUCUAUCCUCCAUACAACCAUACUUUCCAAGGUUCAUCAGAUGAGAAGCCUCCGUUAUUGGUCAGAACCCAUGGUGGACCUACAGAUGAAGCACGUGGGAUUCUUGAUCUUAGUGUGCAAUACUGGACGAGCCGAGGAUGGGCAUUCGUUGAUGUUAACUAUGGGGGAAGUGCAGGCUAUGGGAGGGAGUAUCGAGAGAGGCUUUUAGGGCAAUGGGGUGUUGUGGAUGUAAAUGAUUGCUGCAGCUGUGCUACAUUUCUGGUGGCAACUGGAAGAGUAGACGCGCAACGACUCUGUGUAACAGGGGAAUCUGCUGGUGGAUUCACAACUUUAGCUUGCCUUGCUUUUAGACAGACGUUCAAGGCUGGUUCUUCUUUAUACGGGAUUGCUGACUUAGCUUCAUUAAGGGCAGGCAUGCACAAGUUUGAGGCGUACUAUAUUGACAACCUUGUGGGGAAUAAGCAGGCUUACUUUGAGAGGUCGCCAAUAAACUUCGUUGAGAGAUUUACAUGUCCGGUCAUUUUGUUUCAAGGAUUGGAUGACCCGGUUGUAUCACCAGAUCAGGCAACAACGAUAUACAAGGCUAUAAAGGACAAAGGUCUGCCUGUUGCUUUGGUUGAGUAUGAAGGGGAACAACAUGGUUUCCGCAAGGCUGAGAACAUCAAGUUUACCUUGGAGCAGCAGAUGAUGUUCUUCGCAAGAUUGGUGGGGCACUUCAAGGUGGCAGAUAACAUUGCUCCAAUCAAGAUAGACAAUUUUGAUAAAGCCUUGUGA